CUUUGAUCUUCUGUUCCAACUUCAGAACGCUACUAUGCUGUUUCUUAUAGCGACUUAUAUAUUAUGCACUGCCGGAAUCAUAUUCUUUGUUAUGACAAACAUUCGUCCAGACGCUAAUUGGAGACUUAUUUAUGUCCUCCUCAUUGAGAUUUUGAUCGGAAUGGGAUUCAGUGUUGUUGGUCAAAGUAUUUAUGAUGAGUCUUACAAAAUUAAAGAUAUGUUCUAUAACUGCCCCUGGAUGUACUGGAACGAAAGAAAUAAGAAAACGCUAUUGAUAAUAUUGCCUUGCACUAAACCGAUCCAAGUAUCCUGUUUUGACCUAGUAAUUUUAAAUCAUUCUGUGAUAACUAAGGGACUCAAACUGGUCUACACGAUUAUGGCUCUGGUGGCUAACUUGAGAUAAUUUAUAAUUUUUUAAACUUCUAUAAUAAUAAUCUACUAUAGCGGCCAACAACAAUAGGCAGAAUAAUUCUUACAAAUUUAUUAUAAUUAUUAAUAAGAUAACUUCUGGUUUAACUUCUGCAAACUUUAAUAUCUAUAUUUCUUCUACACUUCCUUUUGACUCCUUAAAGGCUGUCUCAAGGCUGUUUCAAAUCGAUCUGUAAAUUUUUGGUAACUUUUUUCUUAAUAAAUAUUUAAUAUUUAUAGGUGUUUUUAUGGUAAAAUCAAUUUUCUUUUUUAUUAUGAAGGUUUUUUUUUAGUUAUUUAGCCAUUUUUCGUCUUUUACUUUAUAUAUCAAUUAUCAUAUUUUCAUUUUUCAUUAUCUUUUUGCAUAAGAACAUGAUAUAUUCGAUUUUUAUAUUUUUCAUUUAGACUAAAAUUCUACUGUUCUACUGUAGCCUAUUUAAUUAUUAUUUGACCAUUAUUAUUGGUCCAUAUACUGUUUCUUUAUUAUCAUCUUAUUAUUAUAUUAUAUUAUAAUAUCACCUGUAUUAAAACAUAUCUUCGCAUAAAACAUGUACAUAGA